CGUUUUGAUUAAGAUGCUUCAAUGUUUUAGUGGUUUAGUGGUUGGGGGUCCCCCACAAACAUUGAAGUGCCAGUUCGCAGGUAGGUGAAGAUCGAAAUGUUAACUCUGUGCCCAACAUAAGCCAUGCCCAUGAGAGCUCAGGGACUUUGAUAUUGGAAUGGAGACCUGUUUGAGAGCCCCAAUAAACACCACCACCACCAUUACCUCCUCUGGCACUAGAAGAAGACAUGGGUAUAGUGUGAAUUGCUCACAUCAGCAUGUCUAGUGUGAAUAGUGAUGGCUUUGCUCUUUCUCCAGUGUGGGUUUUGGGCGCAAAUCCCUUUACUGUUUUUGUGAUUGAAGUCAAAAAGAGGCAGUCAAGCAAAAAUCCCUCCUCUACAACCUUGCUUUGCUUACCCCACCAGAAAGUGAACUCACAACCCCAUUGUCUCCUCAGAUUCCCCAUCUUCACCUCCAUUGUUACAGUUUGGUGGGUCAGUCUAUGUUUCUUUUGUCAGGAUUCUCUUGGGCUACUAGAAACAAAGAGAGAAUUAAUGUACAAACACUACCUCUCCCCACACACCACCACCACCUCUUCCUCAAUAAAAGAGAAGAGACCAGAACUACUCUCUCUCUCUGUCUCUCUUUACUCCACCAACCACCCUCUUUAAGAACACUGCCUCUUCCCCUUGAUUGCUUUCAACCUCUUAUGAUACACACCUACACUCAUGGCAAAGAGCUUGCAGGACUCCUCUUCCAAAAGACACUUCCACUGGACCAACAAAGUUGGCAAUGAAGAUUAUCAUGAUCAUGAUAACCAUGAAGAUGGAGUUGGAGUUGGAGUUGGAGUAGGUCUUCCAACCUUGAAAUCUUCUCUGUCAAAAGCAGUUUCUGAUGAGGAAGAGAAGAGAAAGGAGGGUCAAGCGACUCAAAGGGUUCAGCUACAGAGAAGGAAGCUCCAGGCAGCAGCAAUGUCGAGGCUCCGGUCGGUGCUGACCGCGUUUGGGAAGAACAGGUCAGGGCUCCCACUGGGUCUGGGGCCGAGAGUUAUAGGGACCCUUUUUGGGUCUAAGAAAGGGCAUGUGCAUUUUGCUCUCCAGAGAGACCCAAAUUCACACCCGGCGUUCCUGAUUGAGCUUGCUACUCCAAUUAGUGGGCUGGUGAAGGAAAUGGCUUCCGGGCUUGUGAGGAUUGCUUUGGAGUGUGACAAGGAGAAGGAGGAGGAGAAGAAAACAGAGGAUUCGAAAUCGAAGUCGAAAAGUUCAGCUGUGAGGUUGCUGGAGGAGCCUGUGUGGAGGACUUACUGCAAUGGGAAGAAGUCUGGGUUUGCUAGCCGGAGGGAAUGUGGGCCCAAAGAGUGGAAGGUGUUGAAGGCUGUUGAGCCCAUUUCAAUGGGUGCUGGGGUCUUGCCUCCUGCGAAUGAAGGUGAAGCUGGGUGUGAUGGUGAGCUCAUGUAUAUGAGGGCCAAGUUUGAGAGGGUUGUUGGGUCCAGAGACUCUGAGGCUUUCUACAUGAUGAACCCAGAUAGCAAUGGAGCUCCUGAACUCAGUAUCUACUUGCUUCGAGUUUAACUGAGCUCGGAUUAGCCACUCUGUGCUUCAAGUUCUUGAAGAGUAAGCUCUUCUUGGAAGCUUAGUUCUCUCCUAGUAUUUUUGUUUCCUUUUUUUCUUUUUCUUUUUUCCUUAGGUUGGAAUAUUUGGGGAAAAUGGUUAGUGGGAUUAUGUCUUUCAUAUUGUGUUAGUGUAGGUGGGGGGGGGCAAUACAUUAGAACAUGAUGGUAGGUGGUGGGGGCAUGAAGGUGUACAUGUAUAGCUUUUUCCAAUCCUUAAUGAAGUGAUGAUGAGACCUAAUGUUAAUGCAAUCCUGAUUGUCAUCU